GCAAAAGGAGAGAGAGAGAGGGAGAAAUAGAUAAAGAGAGAGAAAACUUCACGAAUGCGAUAGGAAAGAGGGAGGGAGAAGUCACGAAGGUUUGGAUAGAAUAGAGAGAGAGAGAGAGAGACGGAGACACAGAUAAAGAUAAAGAUAAAGAGAGAGAGAGAGAGAGAGAGAGAGAGAGAGAGAAAGAGAGAGAGGGCGAGGAGGGUAUCGCGAAGAGAGGGAAGAGGUGGAAAGAAGAUUUCUGGGCACGCGCAGUACACCUGCUAGCGUGUAGUGGCACGCGCCGUACCAACCCUUCUCCACCAGCAUCACCAGCACCACUACCAUUAACAGUACUACCACCAUCAAGAACGGUAGCGGCAGCGGCAGCGGCAGCAGCAGCGGCAACAGCAGCAGCAGCAGCACGGCCGCUGGCAUCGCUUGGCCCUCUCCACCUCGUUCUCUUACUGCGACGGCAGUCGAGCACUCCCUCCCUCGUCGCGGCGCUUCGUUCUCCUCCGCGGCCGUCGGCGCCGCUUCUCCCACCCUCCCCCGAGCGUUCCUCCCUCCGGAACGGUCCCCUCGCGCGUGCCGCGCGGGAGUCAAUCGCUCGUGGACUUCGACGAGGCGAGCACACGCGGCUCCUUCCUCUCUUCUCUUUCUCUCCUCUCCCGACGUCGUUCGUGCGUGACGUUUUCGACGUGAAAAAGAAGGAGAAAGAAAGAAGUGAGAGAAGAUAAGAUCGAUAAAGGAAAAGAAGUGUAUCCCCAAGGUUGGAGUGGCAAGGACAUUGUCGAUAAAAGGUGCGAAGAAAAAGGGAGAGAAGGACGGAGAAUACGAGUAGAAGUAAGAGAGCACGGCACGAGAGUAGCCGGCCGAUGUUCGCGUAUGAAAGAAUCCAGUCGGCCUCUUCCGCCUUCUCCUCCUCAUCCUCUCGCGAGAGCACCGCGAGGAGGGAAACGUCAUCGACGACGAGAAGUUUUAUCUAAGAGCCGAGACCGCUGCGUGGAGAACGACGAGGAGGACGAGGACGACGGCGAAGCCGUUCCGAUCCUCGUCGAAACGUUCUCGAUCCUCCGAUCCGAAGGGAAUAAAAACGAACGGAAGACUGUUUAAGACGUAAGAAAGAGAGAGAAAAGGCCGUCCAGUUGAGAGGUCCCUGACAUAUUUCGAGUCUCGUCGUUGGAAUCUCGCGAGUGGCCGGCCGAUGCCCGUUGAUCCGGCCGUUCCGCCGCAGACUUUUCCCGUUCCUUCGUCUCCGCCGUAGUGGAAAAGAGGCAGGGAGAGAGGGAGAGGACAAGCACACUUUUCUUGAUCGUUCUUCCGCGCAACGAACGUUUCUCAUCGACCGAGCUCUCUUUCUCUCUCUCUCUCUCUCGCUCUCGCUCUCGCUCUCGCUCUCUUGCUCUCGCUCGCUCGCUCGCAAAACCACCUGUUGACGAUUUACGAGGGAAAAUCUACGUCGUUCUACCUUACGAAACGUUCUACAUUUGACAUUUUUUCCAGAAGAGAUCGGCAAGUUCUUUCUUCUAAAGCAACAAAGACGUCAUUCCAAAGAAAGGUGCUAACGUUCGUUCUAGUGUUUAAUAUAAAUGCCGCAAGCAACCUCGAGUAAUCCUAUUUUCUUCGAAACCGAUCGAAAAGGGGCGAAGAAGAGGGAGACAGGAGGUUAAAGCUUUCACAGCUCUUCGUACUUUUCGACGACUCGAAGAGUACGCUACUACGGACAGCGAGUGUUUUUCUAUGUCAAUGUUAUCCGUGCGUUGACGUGUUAUCGGUCAGUUGCAUCGGCGCUGCCUGAAAAACUCGUCGGUGUCAAGAGGUCACAGAACGUUCCGUGUAGAUUACGCGAUCCGCGAAACGCCUUUCGGACAGGUCUGCUCUUUGUCUCUGUCAUUCUUUCGCAUUUUCGCUCUGUGAAGCAAUUAAAACAAGAAGAAGAAGAAGAAGAAGAAGAAAGACAGACAAAAAAACGAAGAAGAUCUUGAAAAAGAGAUUUUGAAGAGGGGAUGAAAAGGGAAAGAGAGGAAGAAGAAACGAUUGGUCCUUCCUACGAUAGCUCCAAAGACGAUCGAUUCAAAGUGAUAGCUAGUCAAAUAAUAAAUAAUUAAGAAGAAGAAGGAGAUAUAUCAAUAGUCAUAGAAAUUCAAAUGUAUUUCCGUGAGGGAAUUGGAACAUUUUAAAAAAUAUUCCUUCGAGGAGAGAGAUAUAUCGCGUGGUUUUCGUCGUGUUGUUCGCUGACGAUAGCGUUAAACAAACUCCGACGACCUUCCGCGCACGUAGAACUUCGCCGGUAUCUGCAAGGCGAGCCGAUAACGCUUUUGUAAUAAUAAUAUAAAGCCAUUGGACUUGUUCGAAAACGAGCAUCAACGUUCGCUCGUCGUUGUUAUUCGUCGAAUCGAUCUUUGUAUACUCUUUCUCUCUCUCUCUCUCUCUCUCUCUCUUUCUUUCUCUCUUUCUCUCUUUAUUUUUUAUUUUGCCUUUUUUUCUUUUUCUUUUCUCUCUUCAUCGAUUCAUCGAUACACGAAGUGAAAAAGGAACUGAGAAAUUCCGAAAGAACAUUCGAAAGGUAUUACACUCGUACAGUGAAAAAAGUGUAGAAUUAGUGUAAAUCUUGGAUGCGCUCGCUGGAAGAGCGACCCAAGUCGAAUUUUGUCGUUGAUUAUUGAAAGUUUGUCGGACGUAUUAAGAAAAAAAGAAGAAGAAGAAAAAGGAAAGAAAGAAAGAAAGAAAAUCUAGUGAACCACCGGUGGACUGUGCAUUUCGAACGAAAAGAGAGGGAAAGGGAGACAGAAGUGCGUCGAACCGAGAAAGAUUUAAAUAAAGUGAUCGAGCGAGGAUAGAAAGCGCGUGAUCGAAAAAAGGGUAUGGUGGGCCCGGCACAACCAGGGCCUUGGGCCCGGGUGGCCCGCCUCUGAAAGAAGAAUCUUAUAUCCGACCCGUCAAUUUGCUCCAUUACGCUGCCUGGAAUGAUGCAGCAGAAAUUCUUAAAGAGAACGGCCGAGGAGUUGGAGGCAACCGGGGCUGGUGGAGGCGACGGAGGAUUCGGCGAGCCACCGGUGAAGCUACAAUGCACGCAAGCCCAGCAUCAGCAUCAAGCGCAGCUUACGAGCGGAGGCGGAGGAGGGGGAGGCGGAGCCGGAGGCGGUGGGCCUCACCACGGUCACGGGCAGCAUCAGCCCGGAAACGGGGCGAACUCGACGGGUCCGAACGGACCAGGUAGCGGAGCUGGUGGAGGUGGAGGUGGCGGCGGAAGCGGUGGAGGUGGUGGUGGCGGUGGUGGGGGUGGAAACGAAGGUCUGACCAAGUUCUCCGUCGAGAUCGUUCAGCAACUGGAGUUCACGACCUCGGCCGCGAACUCUCAGGCACAGCAGAUAUCGACGAACGUGACGGUAAAGGCAUUGACGAACGCUUCCGUGAAGAGCGACUUAUUGAACGCCUCGUCUUCGCCUAAGCCGGACCCGAACGGCGGCGGGGGCGGAAGUGGAAGCGGUGGCGGUGGUGGAGGUGGUGGAAAUGUUAGGACACAGCCGGGGAACGGAACCGGUGGAGCUGGUGGUCCAGGCGGGCCUGGUGGUGCUGGCGCCGCAGGUGCCACGGAUGGAAUCGGUUGCGUCGACAUCGCUAAUCUCGUCGAGUGCAAGCAAGAACCCGAUAACGAAUUCGUCGAUCUUGAACAGUGCGCCGCCGCUUUGGAGAAGGACGCGGCAGUGAACGGAGCCGGAUUCCCUGGCUUCUCCGAUUUCAUGGGUGACGAUACCGGCGACGAAAUCAUUACGUCGGACGCUUUCAAAGAUCUCAUCUCGGAAAUCUCGGACUUCCAUCCGGAAUUCAUGAAAGACUUUGACUUUGAGGACAAGAGCGUAGACGCGUUGGCGAACAACGCGGCGGCCGCUGUCGCGAAUGCUGCCGCCGCAGCUACCGCAGCGGCCGUAGCUGCUGUAGCUAACGGGAAUAAUCCUAAUAACAAUGGGAUGCCUCCGAACAACGGACAGAUCAAGAUCGAAGACGACAAAGAUACUAUUCAUCAUCAACAGCAACAGCAACAACAACAGCAGCAGCAGCAGCAGCAGCAGCAACAGCAACAGCAGCAGCAACAGCAGCAACACGGGAACAGUAAUAAUAACAACGGUGUGAAUAACGGUACGACCGCCAAUAACGGCAACGCGUUACCUGCCAAUUCCAGUCCAAGUGCGCUCGCCUCCUCUCAGUAUUCCCCCGCUCGACUACCUUACUCCGGUCUAGACUUCAAGUCCGAAAUGAGCCCGGCAGCUCAGACGCUCAAACAGAUGGCCGAGCAGCAUCAGCACAAGAGUCAGCAGCUAGGCCUUGGUGGUUUCAAUCCGACAGCAGCGGCGGCCGCAGCUGCGGCGGCUGCUAGAGGACCAGCAGCUAGAUCACCUUACGCCGAAUUUUCUCAAUUUACCGGAGCUUCGGACUAUUUGGGUAGUCCAGGAAGCACAGCACCCCCGGGCGGACAAAAUCAAACUCCAGGAUCUGGUACCGGGUCGUAUCACAAGAACAAUGGUGCAACCGGUUUCCAAAGUCAACAAACCAACGACAUGUUCGUCGGUUCCCAAACGCAAUUUGCCGCCGGCUUGCCGGACAUGAAGAGAUCGCAACCGAACGCGGGUGGUAAGCCUAGUAUGCUGGGACCAAGUGGUGGCUAUAAACAACAAUAUUCUCCCUAUGGAAGUCCGGGCUCUAUGCCGAAUCACGGUAGUCCAGGAUAUCCGCUACCUCCGAGAGGAUCGCAGAGCGGUGGUCCUAAUCAAACCGGAUCUCAAGGACCCUUUACCAGCUCAACACCGCCAAGACCUCCCUCGGGACCUGGUACCUCUACAUUGCAGAUCAACCAAGCGCAACAACUGCACAUUAGUAAUCCGGGACAUCAGAUUCAGGUAUCCGCGGGUCAGCAUAUGCAACUCACAGGAGAUUUGAAACCUGGAGUGUCCGUGGCUGCUCAGCAGGGCAUGUACUUUAAUCAACAACAGGCACCCAAUCAAUCAGGACCCGGCCAAGCGGAUACUUACUGCUCUGUGUCUCAAUCUCAGACCAUUAACUUCACUCAGCAAAGUCUGAGACAGAGAGCAGCCGCCGCAGCAGCGGCGGCUAGUGGCGUUCCACAAGCUGGUGCUGCCACUGGUGCUCGUGGUCAUCCUCAGCAGGUCCCUCCAAAUCAAGUGGACCAACAUCAGCAUGCCAAAAUCCUUCAGCAACAGCAACUGAUGCGCGCUCAGCAGGUGAUGCAACAGCAACAACAUAUGGCAGGAGGAAUGGGAGGUGUGCGGCCACCUCCACCGGAAUACAAAGCCGCGGCCCAAGCGCAAAUGAUGCACGCUGGUAUCGGAAUGGGUCAACAAGCAAGAUUUCCAAAUCCUGGACCUAUGCGCAGAGUUACACAGCAACCGAUGCCACCUUCCGGUCCGAUGAUGAGGCCACAAAUGGCACAGCAGCAGCAACAGCAGGCAUUGCACGCGGCCGGUGGUAACAUGUAUAUGGGCAGCGGUAAUAUGGCCGCAAUAAGCGGUAUGCAUCAAAUGCACCAGCGAUUGGGUUAUCCAAGGACCAACAAUCAACGGCCGCCGAACGUCAGUGUAGGACCUCCGGACGGUCUUGGCAAUAGUAUCGCUGGACGUGGUGCACAGCAGGAAUGGAGACAUGUUUUGAUGCAGCAGCAAGGCUUUCAAGCUCAAAUGCGAUCGCAAUUCAAUCAGCAGAGUCACCAAGGUGGUUUUGGAAUGGGCGGUGCUGGUGGUAUGCAGAUAAACGCUGCGCAGAUGCAGCAUCAGCAAUUGAUACGUUCGCAAAGCGGUGGUAUCGCUAAUUCGGGAAUAACCAACAGCACUCAAAUGCAGCAGUUACUUUCGCAGCAACACCAGCAACAAACAUUGGCUAUGCAGCAAAAUAAUAAUCAGAUGUCACUACAGAUGCAGAUGUCACAAUCGUCUACCGUUAACUCAGUUAGCAGUACAGGCACGGGCUCUCCGCUACAUCCUCAUCAGCAAUACGGUGCAGGGAGUCCAGGAGUACGUAGUCUUAGCCAACAACACACCCAACCACCGCCGACGACCACGGAUCCUUCCGUAGCAGCGGCAGACUUUAGUCUCGAAUUUUUGGAGAAUCUUCCCGCGGGAGACACAUCGAACUUCAGCGCUCAAGAAUUGCUUAACUCGCUCGACUCCACGGCGGGCUUCAACCUCGAUAUUCUGUAAGAGCGAAGCCGCCUGACAGUCUCUUUAGGAGUCUUUUAGGUUUGCUAUACCGCGAGUAAGAUCGACCGCCCCCAUCCUACUUCGAACUUAUAAUACGCGUUACCUUCGAUGAGUUUCGGAUAGUGACGAAGUAAAGGGCAGAUUAAGACACAUUAAGUAUUUUACAACACAAAAUGCAAAGUUUCUCUCUAUACUACACGUGUACAAUUGCAUUCCACUUGUUAUUCUUUGUUCCUACCAUACCGUUCGAGUUUUGUUACUUUCUUUAGAAUCUCAUCGAUACGAUAACUUUCUCGAAGACUUUUUUUUUCAACUUUCUCGAUCACUAUCGAAAAACUAUUCGAUGAUUCGCUUCCUAUCAGACCUUCCAUUUUCACGAGUUUCAUCGAUCCGAAUUGAACGAUAUGCGUCUAACCACCUUGAUAAAUUUAUCCAUGGGGGUGUUCGAUUUGAUCGCUAGAAAACCUAUCGUUCGUGCAUACACAUAUACAUAACGAAUGUACGAAAGGGGGUAGUACCAAUAGUAAAAUUUUUUUUCUCACGAUAAUCACGACGUCUCUCGACGGGAGAGGAAGAAGGAAGUAUGAAGAACAAGAAUGAAAAAAAGAAUGAAAGAAAAAAGAAAAAGAGGGAGAGAGAGAGAGAGAGAAAGAGAGACACUAUAAUGAACAUCGUAGAGUAUCGUUGAUCUUAAGUAUUUAAAAAGUAAAAUACGUCGCAAAGUCGAUGAAUCGACGACGAUUAGAUAACUUGGGUCGAUCGCGUCCACGGCCGGCCGUAGUGCGUUCUCGGCAGCUCCUUUUGGCUGUCGACUAUUCUUCUAGGCAAUCGCGUUUAGUAAAAUUUAAUUUUUUAUCAUAUUCGUUGAUAUGAAUAAUAAGAAAUGAAAACGGAAGGAGAAAGACAAGUAACGUGGAACAUCAAGCGGCGGCCGAAUAAUCCGUCUAUCUAUCAUUCGUUUUCCGACUUCUCUCAUUUUAACGAGAUGUCCUUGCAGCCAAAGAGAGAGUAAGAGACGAGUUGUUAUACGAAAUAUUAGAAAACGCAGUGUUGAAAGUAAUGAAUGCGUUUGAGUGAUCUCUUCGCAAAAUGAACGUCUGAAAAUUCGCUUUACUCAUAACAUUACAAUUUUGACGUCGUUUUUGUCCGAGGACGAUGAAUAAAGUGUUGAGUGCUCAGGUCGACGACGCUAAUCCGACUUCGACGAGUACUCCACGAAGGAUAAAAUUGCUGCCCUUGAUCCUCCACGUGAACGUAUGCCGAAUGAGCGAUAGAAAAAGAAAGAAAAAAAGAAAGAAAGAAAGAAAGAAAGAAAGAAAGAAAGAAAGAAAGAAAGAAAGAAAGAAAAAGAGAGAGGAAGAAAGGAAGAAAAUCAUGUUAGGCAAAGAAAUCGGGUUAAAUGAUCAAAGUUACUUAACCGAACCUAGUCCAUCGCGGUAUUCGUUAUUUACUCAACAAAUUCGUGCAAAAGACAAAAAAAAAAAAGAAAGAAAGAGAAAAAGAAAAGAGGAAAGAAAACACAAACAGAUCGCCUUCGCUUUUUAAAUAAACUGGAAUGAACGAACGUGAAUGAACAUAGAUGCACGCGAGCACACGUACAUGAUAAUCGAGCCGCCUUGAAUUUUAGGUUCCGAGUUAAGAAUAUAACAUAUAUAAAUAUAUAUAAAUAUAUAUAUAUAUUAUAUAUAUUAUAUAUAUAAUAUGAUGAUAUAAUGUUUAAAAUGUAGCAUAUUCGAUUAUGCCGCGAUUUAACGGUAUAUUUACAAUUAACAGAAAGUCAAUUAUUAAAAAGAAAGAACACACACAGGUCGACAUAAAUUUUUGUGUCGAUGAGUUUGCAGCCCGUUGACAUUGGAACCGCACGAGCCAAACCAAGCCAACGACGUCGCAAAGACAUCAUUAUUAUUAUUCUUCUUUUUAUUAUUCGUUUUAUUACUAUUAUUAUUAAUAUUAUUUUUAUUUUUAUUAUUAUUAUUACUAUUAUAAUUAUUAUUAUUAUUAUUAUUAUUAUUAUUUUUAUUUUUAUUAUUAUUAUCAUGAGACGGGAAAGGGUAGGACGAAAGAAAAAAAGGAUGGAAAAGAAGAAAACCCCUCCUAAACACAUAUUGCUACUGAUCCGUAGCAAUUUAAAUAUUCAUUGUAAAUAAUUCUACGACUUAGAAAGAAAAAUUCGAGAUGCUCAGUUUGCAAAAUUUAGCUAAGUAAAUUUAAGGAUUAUCUGAUAUAGAUACAUUUUACGAUGAUGAUAGUAACUAAUAAUGAUGAUAAGGAAUGAGAGAUAUUAAAAAGGGAAAAAGGAAAGUAUGAAUGUGAAAAAUGGAACGAAAGUUAAUGAAAGAAAGGGAGAGAAAGAAUAAAAGAGCGAAAGAGAGCAAGAGAGAGAGAGAGAGAGAGAGAGAGAAAGAGAGAGAGAAGUUUAAAACGAAGGAAAACUAGAUAAACAAUGGAAAAUGGAAGGAAAAUAUCGGCGAUAGAGCACAUUUGCCGAUCAGAUGUAUUUAUUGAGUUUAGUAUCGAAUGCGCUCUAUCGUCUUAUCAAAGUUGCACACAAUUGAAUCACGGCAAAGGUAGAUUUCGUUUUCGGUAUGACGAAUAUUCGUUCGUACUAUCUAAAUAGUUUAUAUCAAAAGCUCAUCUUUCUGUUACGCAACUUUGUUGUUACUUAACGAUCGUCUAGUUGGUAUCGUUGAGUCGAUCAUUAUCGAUGUCUUUUAUUUCGUUCGAAAGAUUUUGCGAAGAAAAUACGCAAGUAUACGUGUACCAUAUCUGAUCUUUUCUUUUUUGUUUUUUUUUUCAUAAUUCAAAAAAAAAAAUCAGCGAAAUUUGUUUACUCGAGAUUAUUAUGUUCUCUACUCUAUUCAUUUUUCUUUUUGUUUUGAAUUCAUAAUAAAUUUAAUUUCAAAAAGAAAUUUUGGUUGUAAUUCACUGUUACUGAAAAACGGAGCUACAACUAAUCUUCCAAAUAGUUAUACAUUCCAUAGAUGAAAUGAGAGAGAAAAAAGGAGAGAAUGAGAGAAAGAAAGAGAGAGAGAGAGAGAGAGAGAGAGAGAGAAUGAGAAAAAGAAAGAGAGAGAGAGAGAGAGAGAGAGAGAGAGAAUGGGAGGGAGAGAAAGUAAGAAAAUAAGAGUUAAUAUUCAUGAUUCGUAUAAUCAAAACUAUUGUUUAUAAAUAACGAUCACGGCAAAAGAAAAUGAAAGAAAAUGAUUAAGAUAAUAUUGAAUGAAACGAGCGACGGAGAGAGAAAAAGGUAUAUGCAUAAAACGAAUUCCAUGUUCAUUUAUAAAGAAAGAAAUAUUCUCGGCCGUUCGCCGAAAGUAUGCACGAAGGUUUUCCCAAUCGAAGUUUCGUAUUCAGGCAGAAGGAAGCUCCUCGUCGAGUUUUCUGCCAAACGAGUUAGAUACAUUUUUUCGAGUAUUUACAUCGAGCGAAGCAGCACUAGAGUCCUUUUUUCAUUUGUAAAACAUUGGGGCCACGAAACAUAAUCUAACAAAAUAAAAAAAAAAAACGAGAGAGAGAGAGAGAGAGAGAGAGGAGGAAGAAGAAAACGACGAAACGAUACGUUGUGGAGAGACGUCUCUGAUUGAAACUAAUAAUUACAUACAUAUUAUAUUAAUCUAUAGAAAUUGAGAACAAUAAUGAUAUGAGGAAAUAAAAUAACAAAAAGUAAACGAAAAAAAAAAAUUAAAAAAGACGUGUUGCGUGUAAAAAAUAUUGAUCUGUUUUUCCUUCUGGAUUUCACGAUUUCGUGAAAACGAAAAUAAGAUAUAAGAACGAUUUGAUUUCAAAUGAUAACAAGGAAAAGUAAGAGAAAAAGAAGGGGAGGGAAAGCAAGAGAGAAAGGGAGAGAGAGAGAGAGAGAGAGAGAGAAAGAGAGAGUGAGAAAGAUAGAAAAAGCAUUAGGGACCAACGUUAAAAAAAAAUCGUGUAUGUGGUGCUGAUUAUCGCGAUGGAAUCUUUGUCGUUCGCAUUUUUUCUUUCUUCUUUUUCUUCUGAUUUUUUUUAUCUUUUUCUUUUUAUCAACGAUACGACGAACGAUUUAAAGAGAAAGGAAUACCCGACAAUAAGUAUGUCGAUCGGUAUAAUAGGCGAUGAUCAGUCGCUACAUUUUUACGGCCGAUUCUUUGAGUGAUAUGUAAUAUCUUUGAAAGUGAGAGAGAGAGAGAGAGAGAGAGAGAGAGAGAGAGAGAGAGAGAGAGAGAACGAAAGAGCGAGAGAUAAAUAGAUUGAGAGAAUGAGAGAGAGAGAAAGAGAAAAGGAUUUGCAAUUUCGAUGGUUCUCCAAACGAAUCUUGGUACGAAGCUAUGUAAUUAUUUAUAAUAUUUAUAAUUUUAUAUAAUACGGGCAUAGUCGCAUUAGUGAUAAAUUCCAUGUUGAAUUUCAAAACUGUUAUUAAUAAUAAAAAGGGUUGAGUUCCUACGUAUUUCCACUUUUACUUGGACUUUGAAAGAGGUCCAUUUUCGACCGCUUCUUUGCGAAUAAAGAAGCGACUUUUCCGCUUGUACAUUCGCAAUCAGCUUCGAAACGAUUGCAAGGUGAAAUUUCUCGCCGUUUUUAAUUAUAGCUUCGUCGUUUUCGAAUGAACCGAACGAUUAGAAAUCCCGUCAGACAAAAUGAAUAUCUUCUUCAACGCAAUAAUAGAAAUUUCGAAUCUCUCUGUUCGAACUUCCUUCUUCUUCAUCAUCAUCAUCAUCAUCAUUAUCAUCAUCAUCAUCUGUUUCUUCUUCUUCUUCUUCUACUACUUCUUCUCCUUCUUCUUCUUCUUCUUCUUCUUCUUUUUAGAUCGAACCACUUUCGAGAGAUCGUUCUUCCAUGAUCUACUUGUUUCAAAAAUGAACGAUCAUUUUUGAUCGGAUCUUCCAAAAAAUUAAAACGAAAGAAAAAUUAAACAGGAAGGAGUUACGUGUGGUAUUAUCGAUCGUCUUCGCGUUUCCAUCUUUAGAAACGAGAGAGGAAAAAGUAUAUAUAAAUAUAACUGGAAUAGAAUGAUCAUUGCUAAUUAGGUAGAUUCACCUUUUGCACUUAUUUUUUUUUUUUAUCCGUCGUGAGCGUCGGAAGAUUUUCUAAGGGGGAAAGAAGAUCCAUUGUUUUUUUACCGAUCCACCCGUAUGUCUCGGUUUGUACGAUGAGUCGACACUAGGUCGAAUAACCGAGCUAACGUCGGUCCGGGGGUGAGGAGGGUGCCGAAGAAGGAGGAUCGAUAUCACGGCAGGGGAGACACCAGACUGAAAAUAAGAGGGAGAGUAGGAACCGGCGAUGAGGGAUAAGGAUUAGCAUGAAACCGUUGCGCCUGUAUCUCGUAGUAAAAAAAAAAAAGAAAGAGAGAGAGAGAGAGAGAAAGAACCGAGAGGGUACUCGCUAAAUCUCACUUUCGUCAUCGUCAUAUCGUCGGAUCCUCUUCGCGAAGAAAGAUUUCUUCUCACCCCUCGAAUUCCCUCCUUUUCUACAUUUUUUAAGAAUAAUCUUUUUAUACGCGACGAAGGGCGAAUCGUAAAUAAAAAAAAAAAAGGAAGAAGAAAAAAAAUAGGAAAAGACAAGAAAAAAAAAAUAAGAUAAGAAAGGCGCCAUAAAUCGAUAAAUAUAAUCAAAAAAUUCCCUACUAAUACUCUUCCCUUGUUGUCUGUCGUAUAUUUCAUUAUCAAAAAUAUAAUACAAUUUUCUGAUAGGACGACGUAAAUAUCUCCCUCGUGAGAUCUUAACGAUCCUCCUUUAAUUGUUUGUAAGGUUCCCUGUUUGUAAUCGUAUACCUCAUCCUUGGCCCCGAUUCUAUCGUCGAACGUUAUCGUUCCAAUCGUCUUUCUUACGCAAUUCCGCAUAUCCGUUUCACUGCGUGAAACGAAGGACGGCUCUCUCUUCGGCCUGACAUUCGCGUUAUUCCGAAACGUUGUUUCUCGUUCCUCGAGGAUACGAAUAUCGAAUACGCAAGCACGAGAACGGUCCACUGGCCGAUAUCGACGUCACGAACAACCAACAAGGUACUUCGAUAUAUGCAUAUGUGUAUAUACGCAAUGUACUCGUACAACGUAACGCCUCCGUCGAUUAUCGAUCCAUUCUUUCACGAUGCGCAGUCGGUAGAUUUGCCUUUUGCAAGACACCGACGUUAUACAACGUAUAUAUGUCCUCCUAACGAGUUAACAUCUAUCCUUCGAUUUAUCGGUUUAUCAGAACCAAUAACGAUAACUGCAAGGAUAAUUUUGAGCUUUAACCAGAUCUCCCUCUUAAACACUAUGACGAUUAUUUUCAUCUUCGUUUCGUGGAAUUUUCUUUUUUCUUUUUUUUCCUUUGUUUCUUUUCUUUUGUUUUUUCUUU